GCACAGAAGAAGGCAAAGCGUGCUGAAGCUUCGAAUGAAGUGAAAAGUCCAGCAAACAAGGCGAUGAAACCUGUGAAUAGUGAGUCCAAGGACGAGUGGAGGAUGAAAAAAUCGCUCACGUUAUUUAAACAAGCCAUCCUGUUAAGCAAAGGUGAAGAAGCCGACAGCAAAUACGCUCGACGAACCAUCACCGUCUUGGUGAACCAGAGCUCCAGGUUCAUCGAUAUGCACGAUCAUGUGACGGCUUUGUGCCAGCUUCUAGCGGAUACUUUUCAAGAGCUAAAUACCACCCCAAUCGAAGUUGUUUGUGGCUCCCUCGGCGUCUUCCGGACUCCAAGAUCGCGACGUUUAUUACAAGAAAACAAACUGGGGCUGAGUUGGCUGGUCAAUCAACUUCUCCUAAGACUCGUGAGUCAUGGCGAUACCCUGAAUUUGUCAAAUGUUGACGAAUGUUUGCUACAUCUUCGAGGCUUUUUGGUCGAGGAACGCACCAAUAUCGGCGAGUUUCUAUCAACCAGCACAGCGCAAACACCAGUUACAACGCAACACGUUAACGUGAGCCACGACAAGGUCUUUUUAGCACAUAUUUGUGCUCUGCAUACGCAUUUGUGCAAGGCAACGGGGCAGUUAUCUCGUGCUCGAGUGCUGCUUUUCGACAUUAUUCGAAGUAACCCGGACAUCCGAGGCUUGUACUUCGCAAUGGUGAUACUGGAAAUUUAUCCAGAGAUGUUGGAGCGGGAAUUUGACGAGCAGUGUAUUGAACGUCAAGGUGUACUCAAGGAGACGCUGCUGCAUGCAUUUAUUGUCAUUUCCAGCACUGCAGCAGCGAGACGAGAGCUGCUACUGCAUCAGUCAAGUCUCACAAUGUUGCAUCGUAUCGCUGACGCAAUCCAGAAGCCUGAACUCGAACAAGUUGAUGGUGCAGAUAUGUGCAUACAGAAAUUGUACAUACAAAAAUUGUACGACCAGUUGAUCGGACCAGAAACGGAUUACUUUGAGCUUGCCAAGAGUAUGGAGAUAUGUACGGCAGUGCACGACCGCGACUUGGUCACCCAGAUCUUCAGUAUUGAACAAUGUCGAAAGCUGUAUGCCAAGGCAAAUAUUACAGCCAAGAGCGGUAUUUUAUCCGUCAUCGGACGUAUCGCGACGAGAACUCGAAGUGACCAGUACGUGGAGAGCGUCAUCGACUGGCUGUACGAGAUUCUAUCGUCCCAAACGAUGGAUAAAGUUUCAGAGGAUCAGUUCAAGCUGCGCGUCACGUGCUCGAAAGUGUGUGUUGACUUAAUUUUGGAGUACUCCGCUACCUCAGGACUAAAUUCCAGACGUCGCGUGCUUUGUGCCGUAGUAAAAUGGUUCGAAUUGAUCCCUUCUGACAAACUUCUCGACUUGCCGGCGAUUUUUUUGAGACGACUUCGCCUCGCAGUUCUAGCCGCUAGACCUCAUUUAGUGCCAAUUUAAAAAGAAGAAUUUGAAACGGAUUUUUUUCAGCUGGACCA